AUGGCGAACAUGAACAGCAAAUCCAGUCUGUUCUCUCUUAUGAUACAUGGCUUCUGUGUAGUAUUUGCUUUAAUUAGUGUAUAUUACUUAAUCUUCAACCGACCCAGCCUCUCGUACAUAUGUCAAUUAACAUUACAGACUCCUGCGAAUGUAAACUAUGCAUCAUUGGGAAGUAAAUCUAUGGCUCAGAGUAGAUCUAAUUUAACCAUAGAGAAUUUUCUCAACGAGACACACGCUGAACUUGUUUCGCCAAAUGGUCAAUUUGUUUUACGAUUGGAACCAUCGGGUAAUCUUCGUUAUUUGGAAAUUCUCCAGUCGGAUAAACUUUUACCAACACAUUUGUUUGAAAAAUCACUUUUCUCCACAUCGACCGGCGAUGCCUGGCCUGGUAAGCAUAUUGUUACUUUACAAUCAAAUGGAAUUCUUCAAGUUCGAGUAAAAACAACCUUUCUAUCAGAUUGGAAAACAACAUGGACGUCAAGUUUAUUGCCACAAUGUAAAAAACUGAGUACAACUCACGGUUUUCCAGUCUUAUCCGUUGCCGAUUCCGGUUUAUUGGCAAUUUAUUUUCAACAUGAUCGGAUCGAACAUUUGUGUGUGUUACAUCCAGAAAUCAUCUAUCAGUCGAAUACGGCGCCUGCACAGAUUACUACUAGCAGCAAAGGGAAAAGUCCACGAAUGGCAAUGGUUAUUGCCGGUUUCUUUCGAUCAAAUACUAUAGCAUGCCAGUCACAUGUUGAGAAACUUAUCAAGAAAUGGCAGCAGAUGCAUGGUAUCUCCGUCGACGUUUUCAUCUUUACAUACGUUCAAGAAGCGCAUCUUCCAAACAGUAAAGUUGUGAAUAAUGAAACCAUACUAGCCGAAUUAAAAAAGUGCUAUAAAGAUAACUUGAAAGGAGUCCGUAUUCGAAAUGUCAAUGAGAUCGAAGAAGCAUUCUCUGGAGUCGAUGCUUCUCAUGUCACGCAAUGUGGUGGAAAAUUGAAUCGUUUACAAUCGCAACUCAAAACAGUCUAUCUCGCUGGUCAAUUGAUGCGGAACUAUAUGCUAAUCGAAGGUAUUACGUACGAUUAUGUUCUUCGUCUUCGACCAGAUACGAAUUUUUGGGGAACAAUUCCUGAUUUACCGGUCUUCGGCACUUUUGAUAACGAGGCAAGAAUUUUGCUUCCUCAUCCUUAUCGAGAGCAUUACUACUGGUGUUCACAUCAUGAUGGACGUAUACGCACGGGCGUAACCGAUCAAAUGGCGUAUGGAACUUUAACAAACAUGCAAAUAUAUCUGAAUAUGUACGUCGGCUUUUCAGAUUUCGUUCGUAUUGUUACUGGCCAAUAUACCGAUGGCGGAAAGCAAACGAAACACAAUACGAUGGCAUGUGAAGGUACGGUUGGUGAUAAUGGUUGUGAUAGACCCAACGCCGAUCGUUGUGCUAUUGAAUGUCUUGUAAGUUAUUACCUUGUAUUAAAUGGCUUAGAUCCGGAAAUCUCUUGGACAUGGCAACAGAACGUUCUGAGAACGAACGGUGCACAUUCGAAAGAUUGCGGUCGACCUUACAACUGCUAA